AUGCGUCACCCCCCAACGCUGGUACAUCUCCUCCUCCUCUUCCUACCUCUCCUUGUCAAGUCCCAGUCUCAGCGUGCGCUCAAGCACCUCACCGAUGGCCAGCUUCGCACACUCGCAAAGCCCGACGCUAUCACCCAGCUCGACCCAAAGAACGCGAAUGGUCAUCUGGCAAAGGUGUUGAUCCCACGACCGCCGGACACGGCGAAUAACACCUUGGUACGGAAUUACAUCGUUCAGCAUUUCCGGACGCUGCAGUGGGACGUCGAAGAGGAUACAUUUAGGGACAACACGCCGUACGGAGAGAAACAGUUCACGAACAUCAUCGCGACGAAGGACAAGUACGCUGCAGGCAGGCUCCUUCUAACUGCGCACUUUGACUCCAAGUUUUUCCCCUCGUUCCCGCAAAACCAGUUCGUUGGAGCGACGGACUCUGCUGCUCCGUGCGCGAUCCUACUGGACCUCGUCUCCGUUCUCAACCCCUACUUCCCCACGCCAUCCAAUAAACCCCAUUCAGGCACUACCCUCCAAGUAGUGUUCUUCGACGGGGAAGAAGCGUACAAAGAAUGGACCGCGACCGACUCAACGUACGGCUCGCGGCACCUAGCGGAAAAAUGGAGCGAAACUUACGUCCAGACUCCGUCCGCGUUUGUCCCUGCUGAGAACGUACUAAGUACGAUCGAGCACCUCGUUUUGCUUGACCUGCUCGGUGCGGCCAGCCCGCUCAUCUCCUCUUACUUUCCCGACACAGCCUGGCUAUUCGACGCGCUCGUCUCCUCCCAGACACGGCUCGCCGAGCAUGGGCUUUUAGACACCCCCGAGCUCGUGGGGGGGGACAAGAACAAGGGGAAAUGGGGAGACUGGGACAGCUUUUUCGUUCCUCGGAGCAAUGCCAUACCCUGGCAUAUAGAGGACGACCAUAUCCCAUUCCUGAAGAGGGGUGUGCCAAUAUUGCAUGUCAUCGCGAGCCCGUUCCCGAGGGUAUGGCAUACGCUUUCGGACGACGCUUCUGCCCUCGACCUCCCGACACUUAAGAGAUGGAACCUCAUCUUCCGGGUAUUCACGGCUGAGUAUCUGGGGCUUGCGAUACCUGAACAGGGAAGGCAUGAGGAGCUCCGCGCUUAGGGCGAAGGUGCCACCUGGGAAACGGGGGUGGAGGGGUGAUGAUGGGAUUGGGGGAUUUGUAUAACAUCUGAACUGGCGGAGACAGGCUGGUAGAAAUGAAGUGGAGAGCUUGGCUCAG